AUGUCGACUUCUAAUCUUAUUACCAUGAAGAAAGUCGUCCAGCAGCUGCGCUUUGAGGCGAGCAUAAACAGAGUCAAGGUCUCUCAAGCUGCUGCAGACCUGCAGCAGUUCUGUGUGCAGAACGCCUUGCACGACCCUUUGCUCACAGGUGUCUCAUCCAGCACCAACCCCUUCAGGCCACAAAAGGUCUGCUCCUUCUUGUGA